AGAAGUAGUCGUACGCCUUCUAAGGCUGGCGCAGUGAUGCCCACGACUGCGGCUGUAAUGCUAAGUGGGUCGGCCAUUGUGGGUCUGACGGCGACUGAGGAAUCAGCAAGGGUAGAAAUGCUGAAGUAGAAGUCAGACUUAGGGAGAAAGAGGAUAGAGCAAAGCUUGUUAGCUGAUACAAUUUGUAUGAGGGGAAGCUGGGGCUGAGAGCCGAGAGCUGAUCACAUGAGGCUGGGUACGACUGGACUGUAACUACAGACAGCCUACUCGACUAUCGCAUACCUUACAGCUACACUUAUGGCGCUAACGGCAUCCUUUGGCGAUAUGAACUAUGGCGUCCAGGCCGGCAUUAUUAAUGGUGAUGUAAACCCUAUGAUCAACCUUCCGCCUGAGCGACGCGAAACUCCACCACAGCCAUCCAUCGUGAUACCUUUCGCCCGAGACGCAGAUUUUGUCGACAGAGGCACACUGCUCGACGAGUUCCGUGAGCGAUGCACGCAGCCAAAUGCAAGGAUAGCGCUCGUCGGACUGGGCGGGGUAGGUAAGUCACAGCUAGCGAUCGAGCACGCCUACCGCACGCGCGAGCAGUCGUCAGAAACAUGGGUGUUUUGGGCCCACGCUAGCAACGCCGCCCGGCUGGAGCAAAGCUUUCACGAUAUUGCCGACCGCGUCAGGAUCGUAGGACGUCAAGAUUCGCAAGCCAACAUCUUCAAGCUGGUGCACGACUGGCUGUGCGACAGCAAGCAGCCAUGGCUGCUCGUGCUAGACAACGUGGACGAUGCCAGCUUUCUACUCGAGGCCCAACCUGCCAGCUCCAAGACCGCAGCUAGACCGCUGCGCGA